UUGGUAUCGUGAGGGCUCAGCCAUCGUCAUUUCCGCUCCCCAGGCCGCACGCGUGUGGACCACGGUGUGCGCUUCCGCGGUCACUUCAACUCAGUCUUGCAACUCCACGAGACCAUGUCUGGCAGCAGCAGCAGCAGUUACGGCGACAAUGAGGAGGUGGACGAGGCCGAAAUAGAAGCGAUCGCCCCUUCCCUGCUGGACGCCGUCUUGUCGAGGAUCUACGACUGCGGAGAUGACCCGGCUAGGAGCAUUCACAGUGAAGGCACUGCCAAGAAGAAGCAGAGAGAGGCUCUGACGAACACAAGUGGUACCGACAGCAGGCCUGUAGCCACAACACAGGUUCGAGUAGGCAAGCACAGCAAGGCUUCCAGAGGGAACCUCAAGAUUAGUGGAACAACACGCGGCAAGGGGCUUCAAAAGAGUGGUGGUCGGGAGCCGCUGCCCAGCCAUCUGCGUGACCUGCAUCAAGCUGCCCUUGAGGAGCCCAAGUCUCCCCUCCACAAUGAUGCUCCAGAUGGAGAGAGAAAGGGAGCUGGUGCGAAGAACGGAGCUGGCAGUGAAAAUGAGGUCGGCAGUGAGGAGAGUGGGGCUGGCCCAGGGAGCCAGGCCAAAACGGGAGGCAAGGCCAUUCAGUUGGUCGUGUACGAGGAUCCGCGCAAGAGAAAGCGACAGAAGGAGAAGCCACAAGUGGCUAAGGAGAAUGGCACGAAGCAGACCGCGGGGGUGGCCAAUGUACCCACCAGUGACCAAGAGACUGGGUUCAGCAUUGAAAAGGCCAGGCUGGAGGUGCACAAGUUUGGGCUCACGGGCUACAGUCGCGAGCGGCAGCGCGAGUGUGAGCGCGCGCGCGCCAUUCGCCUGGGCGCAAAGCCACCCAAGCCUGAGUAUAUCAACUACAAGGAGCUCCUGAACCAGAAGCGACAGCAGAAGGAGGAGGCGGAGAAAAGGCACAGAGAAGAGGCGGAGAGUGGGAUAUUCAAUAAGAAGAAGAAAGGGAGAAGACGUGUGGAGAGCAAGCGGGGGCGGCACGACGACCUCGGGGUGGAGGGCAUGCCUGGCCGCUUUCGUGGAGGUGCGCUGCUGCUGAGCAAGGAGGACAUCCGUCGCAUCCAGACUGGCCGCUCUUAGCACGGCCGUCGCUUUCCUCCGCACCCCAGGACCACCCGAGUCUCUAGCUCUGAACUCUAAAGCUAUGCAGGGUGGAGUGUGGCUAUAGCCUUGAUGGAAGUGGUGCUCAAUUUAUGAACCCGGGAGGGAAGAUGUGUCAAAUUGACCUCUCACCAGGAUUGUGUGAUGCAUUUGCCGCAUGGAUGACGCGAUACGAAAACUAAAUAUUACGACGUUGGCAACUUUCUCAGUGCGACACAGGUGCUCUACCGCAGCACUGCCUGGCCGACACACUGUUUUCCGGAUUUGACAAGACCCACCUCGUUUUUUCUUCUCAAUUUCACUGAGCUGUACUGAUUACUGUUUGUUCUACAACAGCAGCCAGUUGUCAUUAGUAUGUAGACAUUUGAGAAAUUGCUUUAAAUGCUUUUUUAUAUUUAAAUUGUCAACAAGGUAUAUUUGUUUAACGUGGGGUUAUCGAACUGAUGUCUUAAUUGAGCUACAAAAUAGCAGUGACAAUAAAUGCAGCUUGUGAAGUAUUCACUUCACUAAGUAAUUUCCUCACAAACUUCAACGCCAGUCAAUUCAUUUUUAAUAGUUAUACUUAGCCUCGCACAAUACAGCAGCAUACAACAUUCAAUGUACAACAAAAUAAUUUGUAUCAACGUACUCAUUGCAUUUAAAAAAACAAGCAAUUUUGAAAAUUUACUUUCAUUGCAGCGGAAUAUACUUUUAUUCACAAUUAGUUUUUAUAUCAUUAAUUUUUUAUGAUAACGCACCACUAACACAUUCAUCAUGACACUAUAACGCGGUUAAACUAGCUGAGCAUGUGCCAUGCAUAAUUUCACAUUUACCAUGCUGAGAAAAAAAAUGUCAGGCUUGUCGAGUGCAGAAGUUUUCUUUUAACGGAUGUUUAAGUCGAUUUUCUCGGGUUUGUUGAACAAUGACUGCAUGAAACAAAAUACCAGAACAUUUUAAGUGAAAAUGUCAAAUACUGCAUUGGCAGGGUUGUACAAACAAGUAUAUACAGUAGACUCGAUUAUCCGUGCUAAUAAGUAGGAUGGCCGCAGAUUAUUCAAAAUUGCGGAUAAUCCAAAAAUAUGAAUUUUCCGCGGAUCUCUAUGCCAAAAACCACAUUGAUAUAAAUUAUGUUUAAGUUAAAAUUGAGAACGAAUGCUCAUUAGUGGAUCGAUGCACGUGCUCGGUGAUAAUACUUUCCUGCUCCCGCGCUGAAGACUCGGCCCUCGAAGUGGAUGGCAGAGCCAUGUCAAUCAAUGUCAAACUCCGGCCACUGUUGUAAAGCUAUGCAACGAAUGUACUGUAGAGGCGGUUACGUGGAUUUCUGAUUCACUGGAGCACAUGUUUGUUUGGUUUAAGCACGUGACUUGUAAUAAACAUUUCCAAGAAUGACAA